UGACGUCACUCGAUACCCUGCGCUCCGACAGUCAGAAAGCGAAGGGAUGCUCUAAACGCAAGAUUGCAGCAUCUUUCCUGAGAGACUACAAACAAAUCGCAUCUCACUCUAGCUUUGUAUCCAUUCUCGGCAUUCUCUCCCCUUUGGACCCUCCUGAAAACGCACCUCUUGCCCUCCAACAUCGAACUGCAGGGUGUCUUCGUGCACGAAAGGAGGACCGGAUAGAACACCAUAUUUGUAUUUCAACACCUUUCCUUUCCCUUUAUUUAUUUGACCUCUGUCGCCUGUAUAUUUUUUGUUUUGAUCUUUUAUUUUGUUGACCAUUGCCUAGCUGCAAUACAGAGAGGAGGAGGUCGUUCUGCAUUGCUUGAUAGGAAUACGCGCUUUAUUGCAGUGGAAUGAAAUAACACACAUAUGAAGAAAUUAAUGGAAGAUUAAAUUAGCCUACUUUCUACAACACGUUUAUAGUAUCUGGAGCGGGACAUAAUUUAUCGGUUCAUUGGAUUUUUGUUGAGGUUACGUUCCAUACGCAGCGCAAGCAUCGUCUUCCUCGGUUAGAACACAUAGCCCAUACUCAUCGUAGCAUCUCGGUGUUCUCUGAAAGGGCGAGGAUAACACGCAAGAUAUUUCAUUAUCAAGAAUAUAGGCAUUUUCGAUUUUGAAUCGCUUCGUCUAUUCAAAUACCAUUUUUUUUCAAUUGGUUACGUUGCAUAAAGGGAUAAACGCAGUUUCACCCAACCUACUUUAAAAAUGAUGGCCGGCGGGGCAGUACAGCAAAACGGGAUUUUCUUGAAUCCUCACCAUCACAAUCAACAGCCGCACAUGGAGUCGGAUCCCCCAGAUUCGCGUAAAAGACCGCUAGAGACCCCAACUGAGGCAAGCAGCACUAAACGCACAAACACGGGAGUGGCCUUCCUGCAGCCCCUUUUUGAAACUGAAGGCAUUGUAUUCCCUCACCAGGAAUCACACUCUGAGGCACAUGAGGAAGGUGAGUACUUCCUGAAGGUUCUGAUCCCCAGCUAUGCGGCCGGCUCCAUCAUCGGCAAGGGCGGACAGACAAUCGUCCAGCUGCAGAAAGAGACCGGCGCCACCAUCAAGCUGUCCAAAUCCAAAGACUUCUACCCUGGCACGACAGAGCGGGUGUGUCUGAUCCAGGGGACAGUGGAGGCUCUGAAUGGAGUCCAUAACUUCAUCGCUGAGAAGGUGCGGGAGAUGCCGCAGAGCACCCAGAAAUCAGAACCGGUCAGCGUACUGCAGCCACAGACUACCGUCAACCCUGACCGCAUAAAACAGGCCAAGCUGAUAGUACCAAACAGCACAGCAGGUCUGAUCAUUGGUAAAGGUGGAGCCACAGUCAAGGCCGUCAUGGAGCAGUCGGGCGCCUGGGUGCAGCUCUCCCAAAAACCAGAGGGCAUCAACCUGCAGGAGCGCGUGGUCACCAUUAGCGGAGAGCCCGAGCAGAACCGUAAAGCCGUGGAGAUCAUCGUUCAGAAGAUCCAAGAGGACCCCCAGAGCAGCAGCUGCCUCAACAUCAGCUACUCCAACAUCUCUGGCCCUGUGGCCAACUCCAACCCCACCGGCUCCCCCUACGCCAACUCAGCCGAGGUGAACCCCGCUGCUGCUGCUGCCGCCGCUGCCACAGCCUCCAGCCUCCUGGGUCAGGCCACCAUGCAGAGUAUGGGCGGCUUCCCCACCACCAUGGGUCCCAGCUUCUCAGGCAACGACCUCUUGACCAUCACCUCGGCCCUCAACACGUUAGCCAGCUACGGCUACAACACCAACUCCCUGGGCCUGGGGCUCAACCCCGCCGCAGCCUCAGGAGUCCUGGCUGCCGUAGCGGCUAGCGCUAACCCCGCCGCGGCUGCCGCUGCUAACCUCCUGGCGUCCUACGCCAGCGAUGCCUCCACCAGCGCAAGCCACCAAGCCGCCUCCCUGGGAGGUUUCACCCUGGGCUCGCUGGCCGCGGCCACUGGGGCCACCAACGGCUACCUGAGCGCCUCGUCCCCACUGAUGGCACAAUCCCUGAUGGCCACUGAGAAGCAGAUGCAGGAGGGGGCCAAGGACGUGGUGGAGAUCGCUGUUCCCGAAAACCUAGUAGGAGCCAUCUUGGGGAAAGGAGGGAAAACGCUAGUGGAGUACCAGGAGCUGACUGGAGCCCGGAUCCAGAUCUCCAAAAAGGGAGAGUUCAUUCCCGGCACCCGGAACCGUAAAGUUACCAUAACCGGCUCUCCGGCGUCAACGCAGGCAGCUCAGUAUCUGAUCAGCCAACGGAUCACGUAUGAGCAGGGUGUGCGCGCCACCAACCCACAGAAGGUGGGCUAGAAAAUGAGAAUGGAAAGGAAGAAAACGAGUGGGGGCUUGGGGAGGAAUGCAAAGGGAGAGAGAAACGGAGAGGAGAACAAGAAUGUUGGAAGGAAUCGUCCGCCCGUUUUUUGGUGUUUCAGUAUUCAAAAAAUGAUGCGACGCAAAAAUUCGCUCGGGGAGAGAGGAGAAAGUGUACCGUGGAAAACAAAGGAAAAUAAGGUGUAAAAUGUAAAUACGGUUUUAUUACUUAAGUCUUGAUGUUUCGGGAUUUUUUGUUUGUUUUGUUUUCUAGUUCUUUUGUUUUUUGUUUGUUUGUGUAUUCUCCGGACAGUGGUGAAUGCGAUUUUAAACUGGCAUGCUGCCGCGCUGCAGUUUGGAAAAGGGGGGCGGUGGGGGUACUGGGGGCCAACCCCCAUGGAAUCAGCCCCUUCCCCACCCCCACCCCCAUUCCUGUGUAGCUCACUGAUGUUUUUCUUCAGAUUUGCCUUCAAUUUCAAUUUUCCCCUUACCCUGCCCCCCACUUUUUGCCCUCCCCCUACAAGGGUCUGAUAAGACUGCAAACCAGUGCUUGGUUAGAGAUCUAAGGAAAAUCCCUGUAGUUGAUGACAUACCCCUCCAUGCCCCGAUCCCUCGCCCCUCUCCCAGCCACCCCCACUCUGUUUUGAGCAAAGGAGGGGGAGAGAUGUGCCCAAGGCUUCCACACAUGGAUUAUCCUCGUACCCCCUAUAGCCUCGCGCCUUAGGUUCUGAUUUAACCAGAUGCAUGCUAUGCCACGCUCCGUAUUUAUAUAUGGGAUGCUCGUGUUUCGUAUGUAGGACGAAGGCAGAGACGCAUGGUGCAUCUCAUUGGGUCAGAAUUCUAGCGUAGCGCAAGAGUACAUAUAGAGGUCGGGGCAUUUUUCUCAACACGGUUUGCAGUCUGAUAUUAUGAUUAUUAUUAUUAUGAUUAUUAUCGAUAUCAUCGUCAUUAUUUAUGAAUAUGAUUUCGCCCAUAACGUUUGGUAUUUUUUAUUUUUUAUUUUUAUUUUUUAUCUGUAAAUUCAGGUUGACAUGAAUGUAAAAGACUAUUUUUGAUUUGAUUUGUUUCAUUUAAGUGGAUUUAAUAACAUGUCACAUAGUGUAAUAUACAGUAUGUCUUAUUUAAGUCCAGUAAGAAAUGGAGCAUAAGCACCACAGCAGUGAUGAUGAAGAGUAAGGGUCAACUUUGAUAUCCAGCAAAGAGCAGGAGAGUAAAUAUUCAAUUUAAACACACACACACACACACACACACACCAUGUGAUGCCAUUUCAGUGCUAUAAAGGGAUUAUAACAUAUCUACAUGGCAGAUUACGUGAAAUCAACCAGACUAGUCUCUACAGUAUAUACAUAGAUAGCGUCAAAAUGAAAAUGCCACUUGCACAACGGGCCCAAGAGCACCGUUCACAUUCUGGCAGGGGCCGAAGCGCUCUAAAAACGCCAACCCAAAGUUGUUUCAAUGUUGUCUGAGCUCAGAUGUCUCUCCUCCCUCCGGUUUAGCCUGCGUCCCUCAACAUUGUGAAAAGCCAAAGUGUUGUUGGGACUGUAGGGCCAUAGGCGUCUCCACUGAGAUAUCCAGCGAGCGCUGCUCUUCUGCCUGUGGCACUCUUAACAACACUCUGUCUAGACAGGCCAGGCGAGAGACCAGGAACAGGGGCACUUAGAACCUAAAGGUGGUGGCCCCGCCAGGAUACGUACAUACUACUGAAAAAUACAAACACUGAAGAUGAGAAAGUUGAACUCACUAGGGUCCAUGCAGUUUGCCAGGCCUUGUCUUGUGGCGAGCAGAGGUAUUGAACACAGUGCAUAUUUAGAAGUUGUUUUCCCCUAAUACUUGCUCUUAUCAAGCAGUGUUCAACUGUCCACGAUGAACGGGGGGAAUGUAACGUGCUACGGUCUGUUGGGCGUUAACGACAGCUAAGUCUAAUGGUUGUGGGUUAUUCUGCUUUUGGCAAACUGCAGGGACCUCCCACUACACGUUCCAUGCAAUGGAUACUGCCCACUAACCUAUAAGCUGCUAUGAUUUUGUUUGUUUUUAUCUUGUUUUUGUUUUGUUUUUGCAAUCGGAGUACACUGAAGUUGAUCUUAAUGCACUGUGAAGUGUGGGGAUCGUUUUCUCUGCCCAUGAGGUCAGGGUUGUGUUCUGUAGGGGAGCUUUGUCACAGGCGUGUGCGUUAUUAUGUCAGGGAAAUGUACGCACAUGAAAUACCAGGCGACUAAUCAUAUCUCAUGAACAGAACUCUAUUUGCAAUACAGUAUCAGUUCUCAGUUAGAUAUGCAAGACGAGGAAAGAGUAUUCAUGUUCCUAAACACUACGUUGAGACCGGGAUCCUGGUUUUGGAUGCGCUUUGACUCAGUUUGGCAAUGAAAGUCAUGUGGUUGUAGAAACAGUCUCUAAUUAUAGGAUGGGAUUGGGGGGGGGGGGGGGGGGGGGGGAGUGGCAUGUUCAGCUUUUGCUAUUCAAAGACAACAAUAGUUGGAGGUAUGUGGAGUUUUAUCCCAAUUUUGACAGGGUUGCUCUAAUCGUCCGACUUCCCUUUUUAUAUUUGCUGUUUUCACAAACAGCUGAAAUUGAUAUAUUCUGUUAGCCAACUGAAAAUGGCUGGCUAACCUAAAAUGUGAUGACUUCUAAAAUGCCAAAGGAGGAGGGGGGCACAUUUUGCUCGACCCUAAACAAUCUAACGUGGUCUGGUAAGGGAACCUAUCUCCCCAAUUGGACAUUUAGACACUGUAAUGUAAAGGCAAUCUAUCCAAUGGUGGGCUCUCACUAGUAUUCGCCAUUGGAACGUUUUCUCUAUUGUCUAUUGGAGCGACAGUGAAGCGCGUAUCUCGACAGAUUGGUAAGGAGGCUUCUUUAUUUCCAUCUAAUACCAUCCACUUUCCUCACCCCCCCAACCCUUGUACCUCCGUGCACCCCAUUCUUACACAUCAACCCAGAGCCCCCCCUCUCACAUCUCUCCAUGGGUGAUAGUGUCUGGUGUUACGAUGCAUGUCUGCUUGCCCUUCCAGACCACAACUACUCCAAAACAAUGACUCUCUGAGUCUCCUAGUGCUUUGAGGGUAGAGAGGACAGUGUCCCCUUGAUUGCAGAGCUGAGCAUGAGAGACUAGUUAGUGACCAUUUUGCCAGCAGCAGUGAGAACAAAUUAGUAGGUGACAGUGGAAGUAGGAAAGAGAACCUGCAACCAGGCAACUAAGAGAGAAAGAUACCAGCUGACUUAAUUCUGUCAAUCCAAUGGCCAGUGGCUUGAAACCAUAUUUUAUAUUGUAUUUUAUUGACAGGAGUGAAAGCACUUUGCUACAUUUGGAAUGCAUGGGCAGAUACAUACAGUACAUUCAUAAACACAUUCACAUAGAUUGCGAGUAGAAUAAGGGAAAUACUGCUUGUUGAAGUCAUGAAGAAAUGACAGAGAUUACUGGAUAUAAGCGAUACUAAAACUGUGACAAAUCAAUGUGAACGAUAUCAAAUACAACAAUAUCAAAUACCUGUCGUUGGAGAUCACGAGAAGGUGCCAACAAAGUUCGUCAAAGGAUGGCUUUGUUAUCUUUUUAUCGAAUUCAACAAAAUUACCCCAUGAUGAUGGGGUUUUAGGGCGUCCAUUUUUGUUUGGUUUGUAAUUUAGGGGAUGUAGAUAAAAUGUGAUGAGUACUGGAAGCAAUAUACGUAGUAGCAUGUUGUCCUUGUAUUGUCUUUUUAUUCUGUCUGUUGUCAAAGCUUUGGAUUGACCUAGAUGUUAAAUAGAUUUACCUAAUUACAACUUUUUUAAUUUGUGAAAUUGCUGCUAUUUAAUAAGUGAUGUACUAAAAAUAAAGUUAAAACAUAUCUGAUUGGUCGUUUAGCAGGAUGUCGUAGUUCCCAGAGGUGUACCAAAUGCUAUACAUGCUGAUAAGAUAAAAAUUACUGUAAAAACAAAACUCAACAAAUAAACCUGUGCCAAAAUAGAUCUUUAAAGACUGAAACGGGAAAUGCGCGUGAUUUAAAAAACAUUACAUGAAAGGAAACGUACUUUUAUAAGAAAAAUAAUGUGAAAAGUGCCAAACGAACCAUAUUUAUAAUUGUAAAUAGAAGGGAAUGGUACAAGAUACUUUUUUGUGUGUGAGUAGAAUCAAUAAAAAAAUUAAAAAAUAAGCUUUUUAGUUAAACCUUUUAAUGCCCUCUUUACUUCUAUGUGACAUAAAAUAAGGGAUUGUGAAGGAAGGGAGCCAUCUUGUUAGCCAGUAAUCCAAAUUUCCUUGAAUUCUACAGUACUUAGACUCCUGGGCCAGAAGAAUCAACGUAUAGAUAGACUAGCAUGGUUAAUGAUACACAUGAUAUUAACAUUCUUAAUACAGCCUUUUAUAGUUCUGAAAAUGUAUUUUGUGGAGAUAGAUGUUAUCUUUUUUGCACGUCUAUAUUGCAUGAUAUCAAAGUGAAGCGUGGACAAAAAAUGUAAGAAACAAAAAUUGUACAAAAAAAAAAUUAGGCGGUGUGUUUUGUUCUUUUUGAAGACAAAUCUUUGCAUGCCAACAAUGGUAAAGCAAUUUAAUUUUCCUUGACACAUUUUCAAACGUGUGUUGUUUUCACUAAACACAUGCAGGGACAUCGUCCAGUAGAGCAAGGCCACAGUGUAAUUAGAUUGUAUGACUGGAUGAGUAUUUUGUGAGAACAUUGUCUAGGCAUCUAAACAUUCUUAGAGAGAUAGGAACAAACUUUUGAUCAAACAUGAGACAAUUCGUUUUUUUUUGGGGGGGGGGGGGGGGGGUUGUGCUUCUUUUACUAAACCUGCAUUAUUUAAUUCCGGAUCACAUUUUAUGCUUUUUACCAUAGAUACCGAGAUAUUGUCCAUGAAUGUACUCACCUCUGCAUAAGUUUGCAUAUCACUCUUCGAUCAUGACUUCAGGGCUUGAGUGUCCAUGUGUUUUGUGUGAAUAACUAACAUCAGGUAGGCCAGAUCUGGCCCUAGUGUCAUUCUAACCAUCUGUUUCCUCUUUCGGCUCCCUCUGAGCUUGAUCUCUUGUCUUGAUGUAAAUAUGCACUAUAUAUUUCUCAUUUAGACAGAGUUCUCAUUUAAACCCCCAUCUCCUGAAAGGAAACUAGGAAAAGUAUUUUGAUGUAUCAAGCUAGGCUGUGUGUAGGCACCAUGUUUUUUCACGCUCUGUUGCUGCUCAGCUUUUGUAUUUCUCAAUCCCCUGGGUCUCUCUCCAGCAUUUGGGACAAGGUGUGUUUUACUCUCUAUUCUGUGAAUUUGGUCUCAUUACAUGAUUACACUUUCUACAAUAAAAAGUUAUAGGGAGCGAAAAAAAAUGACAAAUAUUGCCAAUAUUCCCCAUGUUGUCCAUUGCCCAACUGUCAUUCAGUUUCACCAUUAGACAACUGAGUGGUGUUGGCAUGCUCAAAAAGGGAUUGUAAAAUAACAAAAGCUGGUCAGCCACAAGAAAACAUAGCUUUUCCUCAUUUAACACAGGAUUUUGCCUUUUGUAUAUUUCUCAAGCGUUCAAUGAUCUAGAUUAGUUUCAAAAAGGGACACUCAGUUUAAACUAUAACCAAAUUGACAUCCCUGUUCCUAGCGAUGCCUCAGUUGCAAUAGAAUGUCAGCAUGUAUAGCUGUAUAGCUCUGUAGAGUAAGCUGAGAUGGGGGUUUGUGCAAUAGCGUAGUACCUUGCUGUGCAUGUGCUAUUGUCUGGCUCUUGUGUCUGUGUGUCUGCAGUAGGUCAGCAUCAUGGUGUCGUCUCCAUGUCGCUGGGUGAACAGAUCUGUUUUGUGAUGUGCAGAGGAAUGCAAACGUAUGGUUCACCUGCUACAGGUGACAUCAUUUCUUUUCAGUGGGUGUGUGGCUACUAGUGCUCAACUCCAAAACCUCACAAUGCCCCAACCCCCGCCCUCCUUGCUCUCACCCGCACCCACCACCCAUAGCCAGACAUUCACGGAACCCAGGGUCCCACUCUUGAGCUUGUACCCCAUCGAAGCACCAGCAAUUUUAGACUGCAUUUGUCAUAUCACUGUUCAGUUCCUCUUUAUUGUUUUCCUGUUUUUUAUUUGUACUACGCUCUCUAACCUAGACCAAUUAUAACAAAAUGCCAUUCAUGUGUACCCUGUUUACUCCCCCUUUUCUCCUUUUUGCACUUUCACUGCCCCUCCUUUUCCAACCACUCCCCCACACUUCUGCUCCGAUCCCGCCACACCACCAACCCCACCCCCCCCCCCCCCCACCCCCCCCCCCCCACCCCACCUCCUCCUCCUCCUCGAGUUUCUCCCGAGUGCCAAACAAAAACAGUACCAUUCCAAACUUUUUUGAGUUUUCUUGUAUGUUGGACAUCCAUUGGACGCACCCAUGAAGCCAGCAUGUUCCUCCAUAACAUGAUGUCAGUCAUGACGCCUCAACAUUACCCAAAAGAAACAGAUCAAAAAACCCUGAGCUAAAAGCAGACCUGGAUUAACCCGGUAAAGGCUGGCUACCUCUCAUAAACUGCUUUUCCUAAUUCUCUAUCAUCUCUUCAACCUCCAGGACAUCAUUGAUUGUGUGCCAUAGUGUUGGGGGCACUUGUCACUCUCCUCACCCCCCAAGUCUCUCCAUUUGAUUUUCGAUGGGAAAAAAAAAUAAAAAAAUCCAUUUCUAAUGACGAUUUUUUUUCUUUAACAUUUAACCACCCACAGAAUGGUGUGAGGAGUGUAAUCGUCAGCUGCGCAGCCAUCCUCUGUCUUCUGAACUUUGAACUUUUCACCCCUCAUGAACUUUAUUGACCUUCUUCCUCCCCUUCUAUGUUCAUCAAACUGUUUGGACUUAAAUCUCCAUUCCAUCACCAAACCUAUUUGAGACUGUGCAAUUCUAGUUGAAAUUAUUUGAUUUUUUUUUUUGUUUGUUUCUUAUCAGUGGGGCAAUUCACCGAGAUAAAGAAUGAAAAAUCAUCCACAAAAGAAAUACAGACAAAAAAAAAAAACACAAAAAAAACUGUUUCUCCACAAUUUCAUUUUUCUCUCAUUGUAAAUAUUUUUGUCAGAUUUUGUUGAGCUGUAAAGAGAGGCGUGUUCAACAGAAUGGGGCCGGCAGCAUAAAAUCCACUUAGUGGAAAGAGGAAAAGAAAGACACACCUCAUACAUCUACUCGUUUGUUCUGCUACAGUAGCUUGUGGUCUUGACAUUGGUGUGACCUGCUGUAUUUGUUGUUGUUUAUCGCCAUGCUAGCUCCACUUAGAUAAAAUGAUAUAAAAACCUAAAAGAUCAUUCAGUUCUGGAGCUGAUAGAAUUGUUUACAUUUGCUACCGUAGUUGUAUUCGUUGGUGGUUUUGUUCCGCUUAGAGUGAGUCGUAGUUAUUGUAAUGCUUUGUAGUGUAAGAAGAUAUCAAUGUGGAGAACUUGCUGGACUCAGCACCUUACACUAAAUGUGGGACAUUCAAGACUAGGGGGGAGAAAAAACGUGUCGCUCCCAAACCACAAAAAGGAAGUUGAGGCCUCUUUAGUGCAAUAGAGUUACUGCGGUUUACAUGAUAGAAGUGAUAUAGUUCAGAACUAGGAUUAUGUUAAUUAGGCAUAUUGUAGGUGGGCGUUGGUGAAUGUAAAUGCCAACAUGACAAAGGUGCCCGUAGUGCCAACUGAGACAUAUCUCUCUCAGUGAGUUUACUAGAGUUAAACUGACUGAAAGUAUUCAUUUGACACAGCUAGACUGGACUGACCAUAUCAUUGCUUAGAUUUGUGCUCCACUCACAAUGCUUUAUGCUGCCAGCCUCAUUUUCUGAUAACACUUCAUGAGCUAUUUAUUUUCAACCUAUAAUAUUACUAUUAAUAAAUUACAAGACAACAAGAAAAAGGGAAUGACUGGAAAGGUGAAUUAUUGUUUUUUUUUUUUUUUUAGCAUUUUAGUGGUUGCUUUUAACACCAUUCAUUAACUGACUUAAAGAGUAUUGAAUAUUUAAUGUAAUUGUAGCAUUGUGUUUGUAAAAAAAAAAAAGGAAAAAAAAGUAGUGAGUUGUGUUUAUUGACUUGUGGAUUACCAGUGAAGUCGGCAAUCUAGUGCUAAUAUAUAUUUCAUCUUUUUUUAAGGAUUAUUCUUUUCCCGACAGCAACAACAGUCAUUAUAAAUGUUCAUUUUAGCAUCACCUGUCUUCUGUUGUCUUAUUCUUCACCUCCCACUACACUCAGUCUCAUCCAAGUAACACAUUGCAAGUUUGUGCCUGAAACCAUGUGCUCGGUCUGGGGGCGGGGCCAUAUGGUAUGAGCGACGUGUGUGUGUGUGUGUGUAUGUGUGUGUGUGUGUGUGUGUGUGUGAGAGUGAGUGAGUGAGUGAGUGAGUGAGUGAGUGAGUGAGUGAGUGAGUGAGUGAAUGGAAAGGCUGCUAUCUCAGCCUUGGUGGGUGGGUGUUCUGUCCAAUGUCCACCAAAGCUAAAACCUGGAGGGCUUCCAUUCACCAAUGGAAUCCCCUGACGUUAUAGCUGGAACUUCAUCAUGUGACCUGAGCCGACUCUUAUCGUUCAUAACCCUCCCACCCAACCACUCUCCACCACUACCCUAUCCCUGAGUCAUCCCUUACCACACGUCAUCACCAUGUGAUGUUCUCCAUCGAUAACAUACUACUCGACCAGAUCCACAUUAACAUGUCUCCUCCAUGUUUCCAAAAGGAGCGCGUUGCCAGUCAACCUGCUUCCCACAUGAUACUCAACCAUCCUCUCUAGCUGCCGGGGCCAGGCCCAUCAGAAAGCGAUUUGUCUCAAAACAAGAGGAUAGAGAGAAAUAGUGAUGCUCAGGGUGUCUCCUUGAUCUCCCUUUAUAUCCUGCCUUCUGCGGUUGUCCCACUUUAUUCUGCCCUAAUGAUUUCUAUGGAGCCCAAAGACGACGAUGAUUUCCAUAUGUUCAUGUAAUGGUUGCUUAGCAAUUAUUCUGAGGGAUGAUGUGCACCUACUUAGAGGAGCGUGCACAUACUGUAUUGUUUACAACCUAAAUGAGACCAACGCUGUUGAAAAAGAAUGUGUAGGACAAAAACAAAUUCCGUAUUGCUAAAUGAUGACAUUUCAACGACAAUUUCUGUGACAUGAGUUAAUGUAAUUAUGAGUCAUUGCAUGGUACUAUUUUUUUUGCAAUGAAAAUAUAUUUUUUUGGAACUGUUAGAAUGGAUGGUACAUUGUCAAAUUCGUGCAACAUUUAGACGCUAAUAAUAAAACAAACGUUGGUGUCCGUGUUAAUGUCACCAUCAGGAGAGGUUUUGGACCAAUGAAUGCCAAAAUGUUGUAAAAGUUUUGUUCAUUUGUACAUGGUAAAAAUGGGUCAAAUAAACCAUUGAAGCUAAUUGUCAGGUAGACGUUAGUCUUACUGAUGAAUUAAUCAAGGCCCACACAUUGGUUUACCACGUUAACACUCAAAGAGGUGCUUGGAAAUCAGUUGAUAUUGGACCGAAUACAGUUAUUACUAUAAUCAAACCCCAAAAGAGGUAAGUUAAACACCCCUACUCCUGCAAUACAAUGUGCACCUGAUACUGUGGUGUUUCACAAACACACUUUUACCCCAGGCUGAAAGUAUAUUUCAAGAGGAUUUAGGUAUAUAAGGAGGACAUGAAGGACAAUGUUGGACAUGCCCAUGUUUUUGCUGAACGGGCAUCAGGAAAUCAGGAGGGUUGCAGCAUAGCAAUCGGAGGUUAUGAAACAAUCGGAAGGGUUGGGACUCCUCUCACCUCAUCCAGUACACCCAACACAUUAGAAGUGACACAAUCAAGAUGUUGCUCUUUGACAUUCUCAUCCUCCCACUAUCACUGUGCACCAACCAGUUCAUCCAACCAGCAAACACCACCCCCACAUUCACCAUGUCUCCACAACCAACCUAUCCGGACCGGCGGAUUUAGGCAGAUCCAAGCAACUUCUGGCCAAUGGGCUUAGACCCAUCCAUGCAUUGGCUAUUGUUUUAUUGACCUGCAGCACAGCAGAGUCUCCAGGCAUAUCAAUAUUCACAGGAUGGUCUGAAAACCAAACCUGUCGCGCAAACCUUCCAUACACUAAAGAAGUACCUCCAAGGUUCAGAAUGAAGCAGAAUUCAUGGUUUACUGCACACACCUCCCAACGUUCGUAAUGAGCCCCUGAGCUAUGUGGUAGAGCAAAGUCAGAACUUUGACGUGCCUUUCGUUAGGCGCUACUCUAGAUGUGUUUGUUUUGUCUCCUUGAUAGCUUUGUAGUCAUACCAGAACUUCAAUGAACUGAAAGGAGGUAAGUCAUAAGAUUAAUGGAGAAUAACUGAAUGUUAAAGGGAUAGUCACCCCAAAUUACAAAAUUACAUAUUGGUUUCGUUUCCCUGUAAGCAGUCUACAGGCAAAGGAUGACAGCAAUCCGUGCUUUACGUUUUAGCAUUUGUGGCACAAAUCCCAUUACAGUCAUGGGACCGAUAUUAGCAUUUUUCACGCAUUAUGUCCAAAUCAUCCAACGUAUCUAAAACUGAUUGUGAAGCUCGACAAAGUCACAUAUGUUUAGAAAAUGAUGCGCAAAGAAUGCUAAUAUCGGUCCCAUGACUUGAAUGGGAUUUAUGCCACAAAUUCAAAAACCUUAGCAUGUGGAAACAGUGCCAAAGCAUGGAUUGCUGUCAUACCUUGUCCAUAGACUGCUUACAAGGUAAGGAAACCAAUAUGUCAUUUUUGGAAUUUGGGUGAACUAUCCCUUUAAAGGGUGUGUUUGCACUGUAUUAUUGACUCUACAGAAUACCACUCAAACUCUGCAAGCCCCAUUUGUGGCUUGUGUUUUUACGUGAAAACCUACAAUGACAGAUUAGGCCCCUCCAUAUACCUCCCAUCUAUCUCUCCUGCCAGUGGGACUGGAGUGGUGGUAGCUUGUGCUUCAUCUUUGCCAAUGCAGCCAAUCCUGUUAAUUGUGCAUCUCUCCUGCCUGAGGCGGUAUUGAUUUUCCUUCUCCUUGCUGCUCUUUUUCCAUUCCCUUGUUCAUCUGAAGCCCAAGAAUCCCUGUAAAUCCCAGACCAGCUGUCCCAUGGAAUUCCCUCGUCCUGUUCGGAAGUUAGAUAGGAGAUGUAGGAUAGACAUAAUGCCUUGUUGCUUUCGUACAGCAUCUUGUUGCUGAGAUCUCGGCGCUUCUCCUCACUGCUUCUCAGUUGAUGCUAGUGUUGGUUAACAUCCUACUCAGUUCCAGAGGACAGAGAGUGAGAGACAAAGAGUUUGCCCUAAUGCAGUAUGCUUGAGUCUGGAGCGACUAGAUUGUGCACCUAGUUGCACCCUCACCUAAGAACAAGGCCAUCAAAAUCAACUCCAAUUGAUAAUAUCAUAAUAACAAACCAGUCAGGACUUGACCCUAUGGGGUCCACAGGAUAAAAUAUAGAUAAUCCCCCUCAUAGAUAAGAUGAUAGCGAUUUAUAAUGUGCCAUAGAUACAAAUGCGGGGGUGGGGGGGUUGCUAAUAAUUAUUUUGAACUUGCGUUUUGCACAAUCGGAUUGUAAAUCAAACCUGCUUUGCCUGUGGCUACAGUACAGUAGCAUUAGUCACGCCACCAUACCUACUGUAUGUGGCUGUUCAGAUUUCUGUCUGCAACAUCACACCCAUGUCCACUCACACCCUACUGUUACCUAGGUCGCUGGUAAGGGGGCUGUGCAUUUGCCAGAAUAAACAACAUAUGUUUUGAAUUGAUAAAACACAAAAGCACUUCAUCCUUGGCAAAUCACAGUGCUAUACUGCCUAAUUGAAAUCCAUGGAAGCUCAUUUCUAUUCUCUUGUGCGUGGCUAUUCCAGGCACGGGUUGAUACAGAGGAUAAGAAUAAUAAUGUGUCGGAACAGCCAAUGUUUGAGAUUUGUUUCCUUAAGAGAUGUUUUGACCAAGAGUUAAGAGAAAGUUCUGACCAAGAAUUGCAGAGAAACUUCUGACUAAGAAUUAGCAUGGGUACAUAGACAUUUGAUUGACUUUAAAUUAGGGAGUACUUUUAUCCUGUGUUUAUAUUAAUGACAAUUUCACCCUUCCCUCCGCUUGAAUCAAUAGAUAAAUGUAUUUUUAAUGCAGAAUUUUUUAUCAAAAUUAGGGAAGACACAUUUUCAAUUCUAAACGACAUCAGAUUUGAAAGUAGUGGCUGAUAAAGGAGAUUAUUUGUAAUUUAAUUAAAUCUGAAAUUGGAAUGUAUAUUUUUGACAAACAGAAUGCUAUUUGUAUUUCGACUGCCUGUGGAAGACCAAGUUUGUGUUCUAACAGUUAUACCAGAAUUUUGGCAAUUUUACAGGGACUCAGGUCAAUGUUUGGGUUAUCUCUUGAAUGUUUUCAUCUACUUAUUGCAUGUUUGUCUAGGAAACUAAUGCUUUGUCUUUGAUUGAAGGAAGAUACACAUUUGUAGACUGUCACAAGGCUGAAAUCUUGAAACUAAAUCACCACUUGUCUUUCAGCAUUCAGUUGUUGCUGUCUUCCAUUUGCGUGUACCUUCUAUGCAUUUAACAAGGAUUCAUCAUAAAAGUUAUAUCAAAUUCCUGGGCCUGGAAAUAAACUUCAAACCACUGAGCUACAACAAACCCCAAGGUUGGAGAAAACCUCAACGGACCUCUCUCACUAAAACUUGCCAUCUGUACUGGUACAAGAGCUGUCCAUCUUUGACUAGCAACAAUGUUAAAAUUAUUCCCGCAUCCUAAGUAACUAAAGUGGAAACUGGCUAUUGUCCUUUGGCAACACUUGACAUUACAUAGACAUUGAACUUACUAGCCUGUUACAGUGUAAUAGGCCGUUCCACAGGUAGUUGCAUUGGUAUGAGGGCGGGGCCUAUGUAAGGACAGGUGUAGCCAAUGAUUUUAUAAUGAUGGUACUUUGCUUCACCGCCAGUUUGUAGAUUAUAUUUCAGAGCAUUUAUUCCACAGACCAAAAUGUACUCCAUCUGGUUGAUAAUUAUCUUUAAAUCAAAUUGAUUUAAUCAUUUAUGCCAGUCAGAUAAGAAAAAUACUGAACAAUGAUUGUACGUUUUUGUAUGUUUUUAUUUUUUGGCGCUGUUGUGAUAUUUCUAACCAACAUCACAGAUUAAGUUUAAAAUAAGGAACACAUUUCAUUCUUAACUAUUCCAAAAAGUAUUUGAAAUGUCAUGGACGUUUGAUUAUUAUGUGCAUAAAUACAAAUGAGAAUAAAUACGUUUAAAUUGCGAUGCAAAAGCUGUGAUUUUAAAACACUGUGGCGUGUACAGUGAUUCCUUUAUCAAUUUUAUGGUACAAGAUAUGUCCUGCAAUCUUGCAGUUGUUGUUUUUCAGUUCUCGAGCAUAUGCUUUAAUAAAUACAUUUUCUACGGUA